GACCAGCUCACCGACCCCAUCAACGCCUUAUCCGAGAAGUGGAAGCUUCUGCCUGCUUUCCUCAAGAUGAACGGCUUGGUGCGGCACCACAUCGACUCCUUCAACCACUUCAUCAACGUAGAGCUUAAGAACAUAAUGCGCGCCAACGAUCGCGUCACGAGCGACGCGGACCCGAACUUCUACCUCAAGUACCUGGACAUCCGCGUGGGUGAGCCCAACAUCGAGGAAGAUUUCACGGUAGGACGUCGCACGACGCCGCACGAGUGUCGACUGCGGGACAUGACGUACUCUGCGCCGAUUGUGGUCGACAUCGAGUACACCCGCGGCCAGGAACGCGUCCAGAGAUCGGACUUCCCCAUCGGCCGCAUGCCCAUCAUGCUGCGAAGCGCCAAGUGCGUGCUGGCGGACAAGACGCACUUCCAGAUGUCCCAGCUGAACGAGUGCCCUUACGAUCCUGGCGGCUACUUCGUGGUGAACGGCGUCGAGCGCGUCAUACUGAUGCAGGAGCAGCUCUCCAAGAACCGUAUGUUCGUCGAGGAGGACCGCAAGACAGGAGUCAUGUGCCAGGUCACCAGUUCCACGCACGAGCGUAAAAGCCGCACCGUCAUUGGUGCCAAACAAGGCCGCUACGUCCUCAAGCACAACUGCUUCACGGAGGACAUUCCGGUGGCCAUCAUAUUCAAGGCCAUGGGCCUGGUGUGCGACCAGAGCAUCGUGCAGAUGAUUGGCACCUCCGAAGACGUCCAGGCAGCGAUAGCUUUAUCACUAGAGGAGAGUCAUCGUGUCAAAGUGUUCACGCAGACACAAGCCCUGCAGUACCUUGGCAACAGGCUCAAGCACCGGCGCAUGCAGUUUGCGGGAGAAGGGGAAGCAGGUGGCGGUGGCAGUCAGCGCAAGUCCAGCGUCGACGAAGCUAGAGAUAUUCUCGCCAACACUGUGCUGGCUCACGUUCCGGUGGAAGACUUCAACUUCCGCAUCAAGUGCUUCUACCUCGCCAUCAUGGUGCGGAGGGUGAUUGACGCCCAGUCCAACAGGGAGUUGAUCGACGACCGCGACUAUUACGGCAACAAGAGGCUCGAGCUUGCCGGCUCCUUGUUGGCGCUUCUUUUUGAAGACCUGUUCAAGCGUUUCAAUGGGGAGCUCAAACUGGUUGCAGAGAAAUGCAUCCCGAAGGUUCGGGCAACGCAAUUCGACGUGGUCAAGUACAUCCGGCAGAACUUGAUUACCCAGGGACUGUCCAUGGCUAUUGCGACGGGAAACUGGACUGUCAAGCGAUUCAAGAUGGAGCGCAUUGGAGUCACACAGGUGCUCACACGACUCUCCUACAUCUCGGCCCUUGGUAUGAUGACGAGGGUCAACAGCCAGUUCGAGAAAACUCGAAAGGUGUCCGGUCCCCGUUCACUUCAGCCAUCCCAGUUUGGCAUGCUCUGCCCCAGUGACACACCCGAAGGCGAGGCCUGUGGUCUCGUCAAGAACCUCGCUCUCAUGACCCACAUCACCACCGACGUAGACGAGGCGUUCAUAGUGCGGCUACUCCGGAACCUCGGCGUUGAAGACCUGCGACUCCUCAACGGCGAAGAGCUCUCCGAUUCGUCGGUUUACCUAGUCUUCCUCAACGGCAACAUACAGGGCGUCACCCAAGACCCCGCACGCCUACUGAAGACGCUUCGCCUCCUUCGUCGGUCGGGCCACCUGUCGGAGUUUGUGUCCGUGCACACUAGCCACUUGCAGCGCUGCGUGUACAUCUCGGCCGACGGCGGUCGCAUGUGCCGACCGUACAUCAUCGUCGAGAAGGGGCGCCCCAAGCUAACCAACGCACACAUCGAAGACCUCACCAGGGGGUUCCUGUUCUUCAACGACCUUAUUCACAGAGGCAUCGUCGAGUUCCUCGAUGUGAACGAGGAAAACGACAGCUACAUUGCACUCCGUGAGCAGGACAUUACGUUGCAGACUACGCACCUCGAGAUCGAAGCCUUCAGUCUGCUUGGAGUCUGCGCAGGCAUCAUCCCGUAUCCACACCACAACCAGUCGCCGAGAAAUACGUACCAGUGCGCCAUGGGCAAGCAGGCAAUGGGUACCAUCGGCCUCAACCAGCGGAACAGGUUUGAUUCUGUCAUGUACCUCCUGGUCUACCCGCAUCGGCCAAUGGUCAAGACCAAGACCAUAGAGCUCAUCAACUUCGAAGAGCUGCCUGCCGGCCAGAACGCGACUGUCGCUGUAAUGAGCUACAGCGGUUACGAUAUCGAGGAUGCCAUCGUAAUGAACCGGUCGUCUAUUGAUCGCGGCUUCGGUCGGUGCCAGGUGUACAGGACGCAGAAGUGCGUCAUCAAGAAGUACACAAAUCAGACGAGCGACAAAAUAAUGGGACCGCUCGUAGACAGCUUCAACAUGAUGCCGGUGUGGAAGCACCAGGUCCUUGACGAUGACGGCAUAGCGCGCCCGGGUUCGAGAGUCGAGAAUCGGCAGGUGCUCAUUAACAAGUGGGUUCCCGCUGCUAGCGCCACUGCACCCGAAACUGCACCUCCAGCACAAGCGGAGCACAAAGAGAUACCCAUGGUGUACCAAGGCCUGGAGCCCGUAUAUGUGGAGAAGGUGCUCAUCACAUCCAAUGCGGAGGAGUCGUUCCUGAUGAAGCUGCUUCUGCGGCAGACGCGUUGCCCUGAGAUCGGCGACAAGUUCAGCAGCCGACAUGGCCAGAAGGGCGUGGUCGGCCUCAUUGCACAGCAGGAGGACUUGCCUUUUAAUGACCAAGGCAUCUGUCCCGACCUGAUCAUGAACCCGCACGGAUUCCCCUCCCGCAUGACGGUCGGCAAGCUCAUCGAAUUGCUGGCGGGCAAGGCGGGUGUCCUCCAUGGGAAGUUCCACUACGGCACAGCCUUUGGCGGAUCUAAGGUGCAAGACGUCGGUGAGGAGCUGAUCCAACGUGGGUUCAACUACUUGGGCAAGGACUGCCUGACCUCUGGCAUCACGGGGGAGCCUCUGUCGGCGUAUAUUUACAUGGGCCCCAUCUACUACCAGAAGCUGAAGCACAUGGUCAUGGACAAGGUGCACGCCCGAGCACGAGGUCCUCGGGCCGUGCUCACUCGGCAGCCCACCGAAGGUCGGUCACGCGACGGAGGACUGCGGCUGGGCGAGAUGGAGCGCGACUGCCUCAUCGGACACGGUGCCAGCAUGCUGCUCCUAGAGCGCCUCAUGCUGUCCAGCGAUGCCUGCGAGGUGGACGUCUGUCAAAAGUGCGGCCUCCUGGGCUAUUCCAACUGGUGCCACUACUGCCGCUCGUCGAGUACCAUCUCCACUUUGCGGGUUCCGUACGCGUGCAAGCUGCUCUUCCAGGAGUUGUUGUCGAUGAACAUAUUUCCGCGGCUUGAGCUAAAAAGCCGCUGCAGUAGCCGCAGCUUUGCUUCGACUAAGCAUUGAGAGUGAGUGACCGUGCGUCCAGGU